AUGGAGCGAGCAAAAUGUUCUGCGGAAACUGCUGGCAAGGUUAUCGUUUGCAGAGCAGCUAUUGCCUGGACAAUUAAUGCUCCAAUGUCUAUUGAGGAGGUGGAAGUAGAUCCGCCAAAGGCUGGAGAAGUUCGAAUUAAGAUUGUUUCUUCAGGGAUCUGUGGUUCAGAUAAUCACAUAUUGCAAGGAAAACUCAAAAUACCUUUACCUGCAAUUUUGGGACAUGAAGGAGCUGGGAUUGUAGAAAGCAUUGGAGAAGGUGUGAGCAAUGUGAAACCAGGAGAUAAAGUCCUAACACUUGCUAUACCUCAAUGCCGAAAAUGUGACUCGUGCUUGCAUGCCAAAGGCAACUGUUGCUUGAAGGAAGAUGUCUGUCAUCCAGUUGGACUGAUGCUUGAUGGUACCAGCAGAUUCACUUGCAGAGGGAGGAAACUGUAUAACCUUUUUGGAACAAGUACAUUCACUGAAUACACUGUGAUGCAUGAGAUUUCAGUAGUAAAAAUUGAUGCUGCUGCACCCCUGGAGAAAGUCUGUUUAUUCGCCUGCGCAUUCCCCACAGGCUAUGGAUCUGCUGUUAACAAAGCAAGGGUUACCCCUGGUUCCACCUGUGUUGUCUUUGGGCUCGGAGGUGUUGGCUCUUCAGUUGUCCUGGGGUGCAAAACAGCUGGGGCUGCCAGGAUCAUUGGUGUUGACAUCAAUGAAGAGAAACUUGCCAGAGCAAAAGCUAUUGGAGUCACUGAUUGUCUGAAUCCUCGAAACUUCAAGAAGCCCAUCCAACAGGUGGUGGUGGAAAUGACCGGAUUUGGUGCUGACUUUAGCUUUGAGGCUAUUGGGACUAUCGAUACCAUGGUUGCUGCUCUGGAAUCCUGCAACCUGAGUUAUGGUGUCUGUGUGAUUAUUGGAGUGCCACCAGAAAAAUCCCAACUCGCCUUUGAACCAAUGCAGAUACUUUCUGGCCGGAUACUGACAGGAUGCUUUUUAGGAGAAUAUAAAACCAGAGACUGUAUUCCUAUAUUAGUGGCUGAUUACAUGAGAAAAAAAAUUAAUGUGGACCCACUGAUAACCCACACACUGCCUUUCUUCAGAAUCAAUGAAGGAUUUGAACUCCUCCGAUCUGGAAAAAGCAUUCGCUCUGUCUUAUUGUUCUGA